AUGAAAGAAAACAGUAGUAAUAGUAGUCAUACCACGAGCACAAAGUUAAAAAUUUUACCCGAUAUUUUAAAGGUUGAGAAACUUACAGGGGCUAACGGUUCGUCGAACGGUUGCACGCCGAGUCCAACGACGUCCGUGGUAGCUUCUCCCCCGGGAAUGGCCAACGGCAACGGCAGCAUGACCAGCAGCAGCAGCAGCAACAGCAGCGCCAGCAGCAGCACCACCACAACGACAGGCGGAGGCGUUGGGGUUGGCAGCAAUGGAGGCGGCGGUGGUGGGGGUGGGGCUCGAAUGGCCGUGAUCGGCGUGACUCGGAACGUUAAGCUGAGGCGCAGGGGCGCCUCGGGCUUUGGUUUCUCGCUCAGGGGUGGCCGAGAGUACGCGGCUGGGUUUUACGUGAGCGACGUCGUGCCCGGCGGCGAGGCCCACCGCAAUGGGCUCAGGGUUGGUGACCAAAUACUUCGUGUGAACGGAUACCCCGUCGAAGAUGCCGUUCACCAAGAAGUGGCGCUUCUCGCGAAAAACCAGCAAGUGCUUGUUCUCAAAAUCAGAAGCGUCGGCAUGAUACCAGUCAAAGAUAAUCCAAAUGACCCAGUCACGUGGCACAUGGUACAGCAACAACAGCAGCAGCUGCAGUUUGGCGAUGCCGUGAGCAAUGAGAUCCGGAUCCGAGUACUCGUUGGCGAAAAGGGCCGGCUUGGAUGUGGCGUCUGCAGAGGCCUCGUGCCUGGCCUCACAGUCCAGGGCACUAGAGAGGGUGGACCAGCGCGAGCGGCGGGACUCAAGACUGGUGACAUAAUAAUCUGGUGCAAUGGCGUAAGUCUGACCGACUUGCCGUUCGAGCGCGCGAUCGAGACGAUGCGCAACGCGGCAGUGUUGGAUCUCGUGGUGAAUCGGCCCAUAGUCAACCACGUGUACGAUUGUCCGGAAUCGCUGUGGAUCCAGCGCGGCUCCAGCGGAUACGACUCCGAGUCGUCGGGCCUUGUCGGGCCGAGUCCACCGCCUGCGCAUAUGCAACACCAGCACCCAGCCUCGCCGCAGCAUCACAGGUCGUCAUCCGAUCCGAGAUAUGGACAGUUGCCGUGUAAUCGAAACGGGCGAAACUGCUGUCCACCAAAUGGCUCGGGUCAAUCGGAUUGGGGCCACAUGGAACAAUCUCAGGAAUGGACGCGAAAGCCGAACAACACGACAGUCAUCCGCAUAAGCCAAAACCACGGCACGUCCAACAACCCGUACGCGUCCCAGCAGCAUCAACAGUACCCGACCUACCACACGCACAUCCGUCGCGGCAGCGCACCGAGGUUGCUACCGUCGAUGAUGCGUUCGGGCGCGAAUGGCGCCAUGUACGACGACAACAACGACGUGGACGAGGAGCCGCUCUACGACCCAGUGGCGCCCAAGGACUUUGAGUCCCACGACUUUGACGCCAAUCCCAGGGACGAGCUCGACCGGAGGGCUGAGUACAGGCGCGAGCACGGGAUUCGCGAGCAGUCGUACGAGCAGGCCAUCGACGACGUGUUCAACAAGGUAUGGGAAAAAACAACGUCGUCAGCAGUAACAACACAACAACAGCAGACGGGGGACAAAGACAGGAAGACCGUGACGACUGUUGAGGUUCAUCAACCAUGUCCACCGGCACCACCGCCGCCUCUGCCUUACAAGUGGCCAGCAGAGACGAAGCCGAUGAACGCGAUGGGCCUCCAGAUGGGCAGCACAAUGUCAAUGGGCAGCACCGGUUCAACGGAGACCGAGUCAAGCCUUGAAUCGUCCUGCGGUGGUAAGGACAUGGCCUCAACAUCGUCAUCUCUCUCGACAUCGUCCUGCGAGCAGCAGCCAAUGGCCGCGACAAGCUUCGCCUCAUCGAUCGCAGCAGCCGCUGCUUGUGGAGCUUCCGGCAAGCCAGCGGUCGUUCAGCUGGAACCGGUGCGCAUACAAGCCGGCCGGCCUGCCGGUGCUGCUACCCAGACUACCGUCAAAGGACCACCACCUCCACCUUCCACCAUCGAUCUUGGUACUGCCAUCACGCAGGAGCUACAGAGGCGAGCUAAGCAGAGGAGCAUAAGUAAUGGAGCCAACCAAGACUCGGCCACGGAAAAAUCGGCUCAGAACGGACAGCUGGAAUCGCGAAAGCCGCAGAAUCCUGAGGCCCUGCGAGCGCAGGAGCAAAAAGUCACUCACGACAAGCUGAUGGAAGAGUUCAAGCGUGCCCAUCAGAGGAUGUUCAGUAAUACCCAGCAGCGCAAUCAGGCGACUGACCAACAACAGCAGCAACAACUGAACGGCGAACAGAAUGAGGAAAAGUGCAAAAAUACCACAACACAAAGCACGCUGCCGGCAGGUAAAAAGCUUGCAACUGCAAAAAAAACUAAUGGUGACGAAGCUGUAGAGAUGCAGAGCAUCGAGUCUUUCAAAUUAAAGGACUCUGCUACCGCACACGUGCCAAAACCCCCGCCCACAUACUUUUCGUUCACUAGUACAGACAACAACAAAAUGGCCACCACCCCUGAAUCACAAAAUGGUGCAGUAACUUCCAAGCCAUUACCAAGUACCUCUGUCAGUAAGGCAGUGAGCAAGGUUGCCAUUAGAAUUGGCACUUACGAAGCUGAUUCCACCAAACAACCCUCGAAACUGGGCUUUUUGAAUCAGCAGCGUAACGGCAGCAAGUCUAAAGUCGAGCCACCCGUCGCGUCGCGUCUACAAAACGAGCUUGUAGCAACGCUACAAAGAUCAAACUUACGAAAAAAAAUUAGUGGGGAUAACGAAACUACACCACUCGAAGAAGCCGAAACGAUGUCAAUUCAAGAGAACGACAUAGCCAGCGUCGACAAACUGGCGACCGUGCUCAGCAACAAAGUCACGAUUCGCGUGAAUCCCGAGACAAGCAGUCGAUGAAGCGCCGAUUUUUCGCCUGAAAUGCUCACGGAAGACGAAUGAUUGGGAAAAACGAAACCUUCAGUAUUUUUUUCUUUUUCGAUUUUUCCUAGUACACUUUCAUGUAUAAAAACAAAUAUACGCAGCGCAUCGUAGCGUUCAAACAUCGUUUUCACAUGGCACAUGAGAGAGAUAACGAACGAACAAAUAUAGAAUGAGCUUUAAGUACAUUAUACACACACGAGCGCGUAAAAAAAUGUUUCGUGUACUACUUCAUGUGCUACAACUUUGCGUUUUCAUCUCAUUUCAUCAUACGUUAUUCAACAAUUACAUUCGCCAAACGCGUCCAGAAUUGACCAGAACAAUAAAAAAAAUACUUGAAUGAAUUUACCAAUCAUUUGACAAUCAUUUCAACCAAGGAGUAAAAGGCUCAAUUUUUACGAAAGUGCCUCGGCGUUUGCAUACAUGACAUACAAUUUCAUGUCGAAUCGUUGAAUCAUCUAUAUUGAUCAUGUGCUCAUGCAUUUUUGUGUACAUGCACAAUAAAAAAAAAAAAAAAAAAAAAA